GCAGAAAUUCGUCUCGUGUUACCGGAUUCGCGGUUGUCUGCCCAACGGCUCUCAUCUCAGCCCUACCGACGUUGCUGACUUGCAUUGUUUGUCUGCAGUUGAAACAUCAUUGUCGGGAAGUGCUGUUGUGGAAGCGCUUGUUAUACAAACCUCUGCGGAGUGUGGGAUGCUUUCAUGUUUCUUUACGGCUGCAUUUCGAUUCUGAUCGCGUACUGACGCUUUUGUUUUUCGGGACUUGAAAUUCGAACUGAGCGUUGUUGUGCGAAAAAGCUUCAGUUAGGGUUUUGAUUAGUGAGUCGGUCGUGCGCUACUUACAGCUACUGCUGCGUCUUUGGGGAAAGUUUCGGCGUCAUUAGAAGAAACCUCAUCAUCAGCAGAAGCAAGUUGCAGCUACAAGUAAUGAGAAGGCAUUGCUACAAAUUGCCAAACACUUGUACAAAAGCAUAGAUCGCCAGUCCGAGAAACCACGUACAUACCCUCAGAGCUGUAAGAUUUAAUUGGAGAAGAUGGUAUAUCCCUUCUCGAGUGCGUCUUAUUCUCCAAGUUCAAAGGUGCAAAUAUCAUUUUCUGCGAAAGACUUAAAAAACAGGGAUGUUGUGGGUACGAGUGAUCCAAUGCUGGUCGUGUAUGAGAGAACUGCGGCGGGGAGAGAGAGCGAGCUUGGGCGGUCGGAAGUAAUCCCCAACACAUUGAAUCCCAAAUGGACCUAUCAACUGACAAUUGACUAUCGCUUCGAGGAAGUGCAACUUCUUCGUCUCGCCGUUUACGACGUGGACUCAAAUUACAAGACAAAGACUUCGGACCAAUUCGAUCUAAAUAAGCAAGAUUAUCUGGGAGAAAUGCAGAUCACGCUUGCCGAAGUCAUAAAUUCUCCUUCACAUGUGCUCACCAGACCACUCCAGAGACGCAACCCUGAUGGGCUGGGUCAUUCUCGUGGGGACCUCUCCGUCCGUGCAGAGGAGGUCUCCGAAAUCUCGAGGCCUGAAGAGGUGGAGCUGGCGUUCCGCUGCACCAACUUGGAAAACCGCGAAAUGUUUUCGAAAAGCGAUCCCAUCCUUAGAAUCUCAAGGGUGCAGCCAGAUGGGUCAAUCACACCAGUCUAUCAGACGGAGGAGGAGGAGAACAACCUUAACCCCAUUUGGCGACCAUUUCGGACUACUCUCCAGCAGCUGUGCAAUGGAAACAAGGACAUACCGUUGCUUUUAGAGGUUCUGGACUACAACAGCAGUGGGAAACACAAGCUGAUUGGUUCAGUUAAGUGUUCGCUGAACGGACUGCUAGAGCUGGCUCUAGCGAAGGCGUGCUUAACUCUGACUCGCCUCUCUCAGAUGGCAAGACAUCAUGAUAAGGGUCGGGGCAAGCUGUUUGUGGACAUGUGUGUGAUAAUUCCGGUGUAUUCUUUUCUGGACUACGUGUUUGGUGGGUGCGAGAUAAGCUUCUACGUGGCUGUGGACUUCACUGCUUCGAACGGGGACCCUCGUCUGCCUAAGUCGCUGCAUUACAUUGAUCCAGCCGGGCGCUUGAAUGCAUACCAGGAUGCGAUAGUACAAGUGGGUGGCGUGCUUCAGUAUUAUGACAGCGACAAGAUGUUUCCAGUUUGGGGGUUCGGAGGGCGAAUACCGCCGAACCAGGGGGUGUCUCACUGCUUCGCCCUGAAUGGCAACGAGAGCAACUGUGAGGUGUCUGGAAUUGACGGCAUUCUGGCAGCAUACUCUCAGGCCGUGUGCAGCGUGGAGCUGUAUGGACCCACCUGGUUUGCACCUGUGAUAAGGCAAGCGGCUUCCUUGGCAGAAAAGUAUCAAAGACAACAGAAGUACUUCGUACUCCUGAUUAUCACGGAUGGUGCAAUUCUGGACAUGGAUGCCACGGUGGAUGCUAUUGUGGCAGCAUCGAACCUUCCACUGUCCCUUUUGAUAGUGGGUGUUGGGAAUGCGGAUUUCAGCGCCAUGGACCUCCUGGAUUCUGAUAAAAAGAGGCUCGCAACCAAACAUGGGCGAGUAGCCGUUCGUGAUAUUGUUCAGUUUGUGUCCAUGAAGAGCGUGAGCAACGUGGAAUCAGCAUUUAAGAGUUUGUUGCGAGAGUUGCCCGACCAAUUGUUGUCCUACAUGAAGACCAAUAGAGUUUUUCCCAAUAGACCUCCAGCAUAGUCCGUGGCCAUGUUGAAGGGCCAAAACCAGUUGAGGUGUGGAGCAAUGUUGGCAUGGCGUGCAUGUUGCUAUGGUAAGCGUUCCAGGAAUUGUAAGAGGAAUUGUUGUUGCGCUAUGAUCUUGUAAAUAAUGUAUGGUAGUGUUAAUAUAAUCUAGAAUCUCAAUCUGCGUAUGAAAGUAGUUUUGUUAUGAACUGAAGAAGCAUAUUUAGAAUUAUAAAUUGCACGAGCACCUCGAACGCCUGCGACACGGUAUGGAGAAAAAGUUGAGCCUCUGAUUGAGGCAAGAGUACCACAUAAGAAAAGGAAGAGGAGAAGAGCAACUGUCAGUAGAUUUUGCUGAAAAACUGUAGUGUACGGGUGAUUUUUCCACUUUCUUUUAAUAGGUUGGCAAGACCAAGCAUUGUAGUGGGUGUUGGGAAUGUGCGUCUUCCCCAAUUUUGUGGCGCCCAAUUGGGAAAGAUUUGUAUUUUGCUUGAAUUAUGCGAUAUCAUGACAUUGCAAUGGGGUUAGAAGGACUAUUUUAUAAGGUCCAGAUGUAUUUUUACACGGACAAUAAUCUAAUGGCCAUAAUAAUAGCUAUAUUUUACAUU